AUGAGUACAUCAAGUGGUGUGGUUCUUCCAGAUGGUAAAACAAUCGCCACAUAUGGAACCUACAAUUUUUCAUAUGAUGUGGAUCGUGGUAUGGUUGGAAUGCAAGGUGUAUCAUUUUCGAUAUUUGAUCAACAGAAAUCAAAUUUAUGGAUUAUUGAAAGUAUGAGUGACGGAAAGAUUUAUACAUAUGAUCGAGAUUCGAAACAGUGCUACAAAUCAACAAUGCCGAUUCAUCCAAUUACUUGUAUACCAGAUACAGCAACUUACGUACGUUCGGUUACGUAUGGAUAUGGGGAUAAACAAAUAAUAGGAGAUACAUGGCUUGUAAAAAUCGAUGACGCGAUUACAUAUUCGACAGUUAGUCGUGAUGGUCUUUGCGUUCCAUUGACUGGACAUAGUUUUCUCCCAAACCCAGCUGUAACAACUGCAAUCACAACAACUGAUUUUGUACCGAAGAUCAUUGAUCCAACUAUAUUCGAUAUACCAGACGAAUGCAAAAAUAUUGUCUAG